AUGAUAUUUAUGUGUAUCAAAUUAACACUGAACAACCAUCUUCUUCAAAAUUUAUUAAAAAAUGAUGUAGAUCUUAUUGAAAUGGCUAAUAAUAAGUUAAUUACUGUAUCUUGUGAUGGAAUUGUUGCUAUUUGGGAACCUUCUCAUUUUAAUUUACUUCAAGUUAUGGGAUUACAAGUUCAAUCUACAGAACAAAAGAAACCUUUAUUUAAUAUUAAUUCCUUGUUAUCAUUCUCAAAGGAUAAUACUGUGACAUACUAUUUUGCUUAUGGUGGAUGGAUUGUUCAAAUGGAAGAAAAGAAUGACCAACUCAUUGAUGUAUCACCUAAAAGAAUAGACAACGUCUUUGCUUUGCCUUAUGGAAGAUAUAACGUUGAUGUCACUCAACUAAUCAAUGUUACUGGUUCUACUAUUUUAGCUAUUACAGCAGAAAGUGGCACAAUUUAUAUUCUUGAAAAUGUUAAAGAAAAAAAACAUGAUGUUCUUAAAUUCGUAGAAACCAGAAAAUUAAAUAGUAAAAUCACUGCUGUUCAUAUGCUUGAUGAUGAAGAUGGCUCAUUUAUUAUAACAACUAACGACGGAACAGUAUUAAUGUUGAAAGACUCUAUGAAGGAAAUGAAAAGAAGACAAGCAUUAUUUAUGAAUGAAAUGCAAGGAUUCUAA